AACCAAUUCAUGUCUCCUCCAACAUAACCAAUAAACUUGCAUCUAUUCUAUACAUACCAAAAAUGCCAGCAGAUGACUACGUGUCGGCAGCCGGAGCUGGCGCCCUCAAGCUGAAAGGUGGGAAGAUACAGAAGAAUAAGAAAAAGAAGAAGACCAAGGCUCCAACCCUCGAGCGAUCCUUCACUCCGGGAGAUAGCUCCACCUCCACCUCUAAGCCCAAGGAUGUCGAGGAUCCCGGACAGCGCGAUAGCAAAGAUGCGGAUGACGGCGGCGAGGGUGACGUAGUCGAACAGAAGACCGAGGCCGAGCGCCGGUAUGAGGAAGCUAAUAGAAAAAAGAUGUUGAAGAUGCUCGAAGAUCCAAAGGUAGCUUCCGAGUUUCGAAAGACGCACAAAGAGAGAGUAGAAGGCCUGAAUACCUAUCUCUCCAAGCUUAGCGAGCACCACGACAUGCCUAAGAUCGGCCCAGGAUAAGCUACACCUUUCGGACCGUCUACCCUGACGUUUACCCUACCUAACUUAAUAACAACCUCGCUCGAGCCUCGCUACUAGUUUACCCAGUACUUGAUUUAAUAUUUCACGGAACGACUUCACGAAAUGACUGUUACUAUUAUUGUAUAGAAUAUCUCUGUUAUGAGUCGGAUUAUUAGGUAUCCUCCUUUGACCUCCUGUGUA